UUAAUUACACACCACGCGAUUAUACACCGUUUAGUCUUCCACGGCUCCUAUUUUUUUCACCUUUUAUGCUCUCUCUCUCUCUCUGAAGUUCUAGGGUUUUUAAUUUUCUCCGAUUUCUCAAAUUUCCAUUUCUUCAAAUAUUUUAGUGUUUCUUUUUUAUGGAAUCGACUAGAUCACCCUAUUGGUGCUACAGCUGCAACCGGUUCAUCCUGAUCCGGGUCCGAUCUCCCCAAGAUUCGAUCCACUGCCCCGAUUGCGGCGGCGGAUUCAUCGAAGAAAUCGAAACGCCCUCUCGGUCUCCCAUCUACCACCGUUUCCCUGCAGCUGCCAUGUACUCCGACACACCCAGCCCAGCGCUCAGCCCCAGCCCCACCGCCACUCCUCGUUUCCGCCGAGCUCGAAGAAACGCUGGCGAAAGGUCCCCUUUCAAUCCCGUCGUUGUCCUCCGUGGACCCAGCUCCGAAACCGACGGCUUAGUUCCUGAAAGAGGAAACACCAAUUUUGAGCUUUAUUACGAUGAUGGGUCCGGGUCGGGUCUUCGCCCCUUACCUGCUAGCAUGUCGGAGUUUUUAAUGGGUUCGGGCUUUGAUCGGCUUGUUGAUCAGUUAUCUCAAUUAGAUGUAAACGGAGUUGGCCGUUUCGAGCAACCGCCCGCUUCGAAAGCGGCGAUUGAAUCAUUGCCGGUGAUUAAGAUCGUUGGGAACCACGUUAGCACGGAAUCUCACUGUGCAGUUUGUAAAGAACUGUUCGAGCUCGAUUCCGAAGCUCGGGAAAUGCCUUGUAAGCAUAUUUACCAUUCGGAUUGUAUUUUACCGUGGCUUUCGAUUCGAAACUCUUGUCCAGUUUGCCGCCACGAGUUGCCAACGGAAAAUAACAGAAAUAAUAUAGGUGAAAACGAGGCAGUUGGAGAAGCUGUGGGAUUAACGAUAUGGCGGUUACCGGGAGGUGGGUUUGCGGUUGGCAGGUUUACUGGAGGGAGGAGAGCAGCGGAGAGAGAGUUUCCGGUUGUGUUUACUGAAAUGGAUGGUGGUUUUAAUAAUACGGGUGCUCCUAGAAGGAUUUCAUGGGCGCCUAGUGGGAGAAGGUCACAAGAGAGUAGAGGAUUAGGGCGGGUUUUUCGGAGUUUUGUUUCUUUUUUUGGGAGGUUUAGGAGCUCUUCAUCUCGUUCAGGUUCAGAUUCUGGGUUUACGAGGAGAAGUAGAUCAAGUUCAAUGUUUGGGAGGUCAUCUAGAAUGGAUAGCGAAUGGCAUUUCGAGGAUUGAAUGAUGGUGGAAUGUAUUCUUUGAUCAUUUUCAGGAUCACCAAUCAAUGGAACCCCAUUGAAAAAGUAGUACUGGGAAGGAAAUCAUUUCAAGGGUCAUUUCAAGGGUUCGUACAGCCUUCCCCAUUUUCUUCUCACAGGAAAAUACCAAGUGGUAGUAACAUGCUUGAUUGCGAGAGCUUGUUGGGCCGCAAAAUAACUGCUUCAUUCUGUUUUCAGGAUUUGUUGCCUUGCAGGAAGGGGGCAAAAUUGGACAUCACUUAUGAUAGAUCUUUGGUAGUGACCAUCCCGACCCAGGAAACUACAAGAAAUUUGAGAUUCUAACGUGGCCUUAUCCACUAGUAGCAAUCUAAUCCGUUGACACAUGCUAGAGACAACCCUGGCACAGAGCCUGCUAUGUGUCACGUCUAAUAACCAUUGAAGAAAUAAGGAGGGUUUUUCUUUUUCCUUUUUUUUUUCUUCAAGUGAAUAAGGAGAUUUUUUAGAAGUGCCACAGCACAAAGGGAAGAGAGAGAAUGGCUACCUGACAUUCUUAACUGUUGCAGACUUGUUACAAAGUCAGCAAUGAUGUAACCGAUGCCAUUGCUAACAGAUUCAAUUGCUAUUGCAUCAUGUUAAAAGUAAGGGGACAAGUGGGAGCACUGAGCAGAUAUCCUGAACUGUCGUUAUUUCGGCCGAAAGAAAUCACCUUUAAGGUCAACAGUUUUGUCCAGGACCAUGAAACAGAAGAACCGAAAGAGAUCUCAGACAGUAGUUGCAGCAGUUGCAGAUGUAUCAGCUGAUCGUACAACCUAACUAAGUGCCGGUGUGGCCACUGUUGCUCUGGUUGGAACGCUUUUCCAAUCAUUUUGUUCUGCAACGACCUGUCGUAAUUAUCCUUUUUCUCUGUUUAAAAUUUAUUUUAAUAUUUUGUAUGGCAUUCCAUGUUUAUGUUUUGCUUUAUCUCGGCUGUCCUAAAUGUGAUGGUCCGGGCUUUGUUCGUCAAUAUGAAGCGGAUAUCUGUUCAGUGAUAGUGAUAUGUUGGUGCAUUAAAAGUAGUUAAAAAUUUAGAUAAAUUUGUA